GGUGUCAUCAACAACAACAUGAGUGACGCCAGGACACAAUGAACUUUCGAUUUGACCACCAUUCUGCUGAAUUUGCCUUUGGAAGAUUUGACAUCGGGCACUUCCGAUUCCGGCAGGCAGGAUGAAGAUGUUGACAUCAUUGAAGAUGUCUCCUGUCAAGGAUUAAAAAUAAGAUAGGCAAAAGGAAGAUUCACUAUCUGUUCUCUGAUGGAAAAGAAAUGGCAGAAGAAUAUGAUUUGAAAACAGAUGAACUUAUUGUUCGGAAAUGGAGACAUAAGAGUGCACUCGGGUCGCAAGGUCAGUGGCAGGUGGAAGUUGGAGAUCCUGGUCCGAGCUUGCAGGCUUCUCCAGAAGAGGAGAUCAUAAAGGAGAACUCUUCCAACCCUGUGUUUACCCGUAAAGACACAAAGAACAGUUUUCAAUGGAGAAUCCGGAACCUUCCAUACCCUAAGGAUGUUUUCAGUGUGACAGCAUCAUCAUCAGAGAGAUGCAUCAUCAUCAGAACCUCAAAUAAAAAGUAUUACAAAAAGUUCUCCAUUCCUGAUUUGGAUCGGAAUCAGCUGCCAUUGGAGAGUUCGUCCUUAAACUUCAGUCACGCCAACAACACGUUGAUUGUCAGUUACAAGAAGCCCAAAGAGAUCUUGGGUCUGGAGCAGGAGCUGCUGCGGGAGAUCAAGAAACUGAAGGGGACCGGUGAGGGGGAUGUCGACUGCAAAACUCAGUGAAAUCGAAUAAUGACGUUCCAGGAAAACCAAUAAAACAAAAACAGGUUUUUUUUUUCCAUCAGCUGAAUGAAAAAUUGUUGCUUGUUGUUCACGUGACCCCAGAAAACAUGCCAGGAACGAAAGAAACACUUCAACAGCUAGUAUUUCAAAUUUCGCCACAUGAUCCAUGGAAAACUCGAACCAGCAGCUCUUCUGCUUAGACAAUAUAUUACCCUCUUAUUUCCUGAUGGAGUCCGAUGGGGAAAUUUAUUAUAUUUCUGAGACCAUGUGCUUGACUGUGUAUGUUGAAAUAAAGUAAU